AGUGAAGUCACGAGACCUAUGUCUCAGGGUUCCGCCAUAUUACGCUAGAGGUAGUGUGUCGCAACUGACCAUUUAACGGUUUGUUUCUUGAAAUCCGGUUAAGCAUGGCAUCAAGAAAGAAGGUUCUUCUGAAAGUCAUUAUCUUGGGUGAUAGUGGGGUUGGAAAGACAUCACUUAUGAACCAGUAUGUCAACAAAAAAUUUAGCAAUCAAUACAAAGCGACAAUUGGAGCUGACUUCCUCACAAAAGAAGUCAUGGUAGAUGACAGGCUAGUUACAAUGCAGAUAUGGGACACAGCUGGACAAGAGAGAUUUCAAAGCUUGGGAGUGGCAUUUUAUCGAGGUGCAGACUGUUGUGUCCUGGUCUUUGAUGUGACUCAACCUACAACAUUCAAGACACUAGACAGUUGGAGAGAUGAGUUCCUUAUUCAAGCCAGCCCACGUGAUCCUGAAAACUUUCCUUUCGUGGUCUUAGGAAACAAAAUUGACCUGGAAAACAGAGUGGUCAUGGCCAAACGCGCACAAGCUUGGUGCCACUCAAAGAAUGACAUUCCAUACUUUGAGACCAGCGCCAAAGAAGCCAUCAAUGUGGAGCAAGCUUUCCAGACCAUUGCUAAAAAUGCUCUUGCUCAAGAGACAGAGGUUGAAUUGUACAAUGAUUUCCCAGACCAAAUAAGACUCUCAAAUGACAACAAACCUAACUCAAAGGACUGUGCCUGUUGAACACCAUGAAACAGUAGUUGUAGCUCCUUGAAAUCUAGUAUGGAUAAGACAGAUUUAUCGCAAGACAACGGUGCUAGUCCUUUCUGUAACAACAUGAUAUAUUCUACACUGGCCAAUGAAAUAAAUUCUUGAAAAUAAUUGAGGCACGCAGCUGAAAAAAGUAAUGGCUUGCUCUGUAUCACGUCAGUGUACAAUGUUUAUUGUGAAGGAUGGCCACAAUUUUUACCCAAGUCUCCUGCAUGGAAAAAUGUCAGUUGUCAUAAAAUUUUGUAGCAUUUCAUUCGUCUAUAUUAGUGGGUGGGGGAAAUAUUGUUACAUAUCUUGACAUUUUUCCACAGAGAAAUAGAUUUAUUGUCAUACCUGAUUUGUGUUACGUUGUUAUUGCAUGAUUGUGAUAUGUGGAAAAUUUGGUGCACUGUAUUAGUAGAUCAUAGAUUGAAAUGAAUGUACAAUGUAUGUAAUUAAAUGAUAUGUAAACCUUUGAUAAAAAAAAGUGGUGGUUUUA